UGGUGGGGCGGGGCUCGAGCCAGGUGUAGCCUCCGUCUCCAGUUCCGCGGGCAGCUGGGGGCCAGGCCGCUCCCGCCUUGCAAAGUCUACGUGCGCAGUUCCCUAGCUGUUGUCUGCUAUGAGUCAGCUGGAGUUAAAGAGAAACAAGGUCCUGGAAGCCAGGUUUGUGGCAGAUGAAGAUGUUCUGAAGCACAUUUCUGAUAACGGAGGUGUUAAAGUGCGGAAGGAUAGAGCUCAACUUGCGCUCAAUAUAAAGAGAUUUGUGAAGAAACUUGAGAACAUUUCUGAUGAUGAUGAGGCCCAGGAGAUCCUGGAAGAGCAGAACUAUGUGGCUGUUUUGGGGGCAUGUGCUGAAGAUUCCUUGAGAAAUGGCUCCAGUGCAGGUGGGGGUGAAAUUUACUCAUUCCAGACUCCAAAACGUUCUGGCAAGAUGGCAGAGCUGGCCUCUGAACUAGCCCAGACACCAGGGAAGAAUGUAACCUUUGAAUCCUCCCAGUAUCCUGAGAAGCCAGCCAGCACCCCUCAAAGCAACAAGAAGUACUCUGCUUCAAACAAAGCCCAGCUGAAGAGUAAAAAGAAUGAAUUUGUGUCCACAACACCUUAUAGACUCAGGAAGAGAUUGUCAGCUCCAAGCUUGCGUUCAGACAGCGAGAGUGACUAUUCUGCUUCAUGCUCUGAGGAGGAGGAGGAAGAAGACAAGGACCACAAAGAAACUAAUGAUGUCAUAUUGGACCAAAAGACCCCAAGUAAAACUAGAGCAGCUCCUGCUUCCAAAAAAACACCAGCUAAGAAACUGAAGGAGGAAAUGACGAGCAACCUGGUGGAAGAAUACUUUGAGGCACACAGUAGUUCCAAAGUUCUAACGUCUGAUCGAACCCUUCAGAAGCUGCAGAAAAGAAAGCUGGAUCAGCAAACAUUGCUUGUCCUCCUGAACAAGGCUCCCCCUGCCUUCACUGCUGAACUGAAGGAACUAAACCAACAGCAUGAAUCCUUGUUUUCCAAAUGGAUGCUGCAGUUACACCUGGGGUUCAGUAUUGUGCUUUAUGGACUGGGCUCAAAGAGAGAUCUGUUGGAGAAGUUUCGUACCUCUCUGCUCCAGGAUUCUGUUCACCUUGUUGUCAAUGGCUUCUUCCCCAGCAUCACUGUGAGAUCAAUUCUGAACUCCAUAACAGAGGAGGUGCUGGAUCACGUGGGGACUUUCCGCAGCCCUCUGGAUCAGUUAGACUUGAUCAUGAAAAGAUUUAAAGAAGAUUCUUCCUUGGAGCUCUAUCUCCUCAUCCAUAACCUGGACAGCAAGAUGUUGAGAGGAGACAAAAGCCAGCAAAUUCUUGCACAGUUAGCAUCCCUGCCCAACAUCCACCUCAUCGCCUCCAUCGAUCACAUCAAUGCUCCACUCAUGUGGGAUCAGGCAAAACAAAGCCUCUAUAACUGGCUCUGGUAUGAAACAACCACUUUUAGUCCCUAUCUGGAAGAAACCUCCUAUGAGAACUCGCUCUUAGUGCAGCAAUCUGGGUCUCUGGCUCUGAGCUCCCUAACGCAUGUCUUGCACAGCCUCACCCCCAAUGCAAGAGGGAUUUUCAGACUGCUGGCCCAGUAUCAUCUGGAGAACAAGGAUAACCCAUCUUACCCAGGACUAUCUUUCCAAGACUUCUACCAGCGGUGUCGGGAGGCCUUCUUUGUGAACAGUGACCUGACUCUUCGGGCUCAGCUGACAGAAUUCAGGGACCACAAGCUCAUCCGGACCAAGCGGGGAACGGAUGGAGUGGAGUAUUUAUUAAUUCCUGUAGACAACGGGACCUUGACUGAUUUCUUAGAAAAAGAGGAUGAAGACAUGUGAAUCUUCUCAAAUCCCAAACCAUCUACACCAACUGCUAUCCAAGGAUGCUGGAGAGGGGUCUGAACUCGGAUUGCUCUCCCUUUGAGCAUGAGCUGCUGGACCACUUAAUGAAAUGUGACACUUUACAAGUUUGGUGUUCUAAUUACUUGAGUAGUUCUGGGUAAAGAAUUCCAUAUGCAAGACAUCUUACUCUGAGUUUAGAUUUGUAUUCUUUUAGUCUUCCAGCUCACGUGGUGCCUUCUUCGUAUCUAUGCAGCCACUUUUACAGACUAGGAAAACUAACUCUUCAGUACGAUUGUGCUUUCUGCUCAUUACCUCUCUGCAGAGGAAGGUUUGGCUGGAGCAGUUCACUUGAGGAAUGCAAUGACUCCAUGCUCAGAGCUUUAUUUUGUAUGAGAGUUGUAAUUUUUCACAGCUCAGUGCUUUCCAGUACUCCCCACAUUGGUCAAGCCAAUGGGCUCCUAGUGUGUGAAGUUGCUGAGAUUUUAGAAUGCCAAGUGAUCUACCUUGGGUGGUCAAGUCAGGUGGAGUGGGAUAAAAGUGGAACAUAAAAAACAAGGGGUUGGAAUGUUGUGGGUAACUUAUUAAACCUUCCCUCUCUGCUGAAAUGUUAACAGUAGAAUAGAGGAGCUUUCCCAAAAUCCAAAUCCUUUUACAAGGUGGAAUCUGUAUUGAAAAUUGUGACUGGGAAGGGCUCUAAAGUGACCUGUAAUGGGAGGGAAGGAAAAACAAUGUGACUUUUUCCUGCUUUAUGUAUGUACAGAAGGCUUUAAAGUUUUUUUUGUUUGUUGUUUGUUUGUUGUUUUUUUUUAAAUCAGGGAUGUCAAAGUUGGCUCUCCUGGAGAACUUUUUGGAGGUCCUGAAUAGAAGAUAAGUUCAGCAAAGGUCACUUUUCUUCAUUGUAUUUUUUAGGCAUUUGCACUACAUUAAAAUUUUAUUUUUUAUGUUUCAAAAGUCUGCAUAAGAAUAAUGUCCAGUUUCAUUUCACCUGCAUGAUUUAUCUGGUCUAGUCUACCAGUUCUCCAGUAUCUGUAGUGCCUUCUAGGAAAACCAGAGACUUGAUCUGAAUUUCUAAUGUAGAAGAAAAAAUGUGGUUAAUAUGGGAGUGCAAGGGUACUUUGAUGCCUUCUCCAUAUAUCAGAAAGAAAGAGACAUAGAUGUAGUUUUUUUUUCCUUUGCAGGUCACCUUAAGCUCUGCAGUUCUAUCAUCUACAUAAAACUAUCUGCCAGUCAGACUUCAGGGACACUUGAACUUAUUGCCUAAUCUUGUGGCAAUCCAUCGUAUAAAUGACUGUUUUGAAUGACAGAAUGUUAAAUAAACUUUUAUUCAUGUUCUUUA